CAUAUCUAAUGAAGUCCCAGGUUUUAUAGUAACAGUGUGGGUCUUAUUUGAAGGGAAAAAAAGCACUGUAGAAGUUGACCUUGAUCAGACAAAUUAUGUUACACAUAAUCUUAAUUUGGAUCGCCUUAAGCCUGUUCUCAAAGAGGAAUUUAAUGAACUUCGAAAUGUCGAGCGAAGCGACAUUGAAUUUUUUUCCUAUGAUGAUCAUAAUACACUCACACCUCUUUGUAUUGGGACAUUACUUAUAGACCUGGUCACAACAUAUACAUCCCCGCUUGUUAUACGGUAUUCAUUGUCAAAUGCUAACAGUUUUUACAAAGCUGUGAUCAUUAUAGAAUACCAUAUUCAAGUAGUUCCUGGGUUUUGCUUCGAGAAGCUGUUCAAAAAAGAUGAGGAAUUAGAAACCUGUGGCUUUUAUUUUGUCGUUAAAAUCAAUUCAAAGGAAGAAACAAUUGAUAACGAGUUCCAAUUCAAUAGCUUGGUGGUUAGGACUGAUUCAGAUGAUCGAGGCGAUCGUUUUCUUGACCUUAAAAUACAAGUAAAGGAUAUAUAUAAUGAUGCGUUCAAUUCUAUCGAUUCAAUGCCAACACUCAAAAUAGAAGAAGUUUUCAAAUUAGAACCCCCACUUAAUGAUGAUGAUUUAAAACGGGUUAAAGAUAACCUUCGAAAGAAAAUGACCGUUUUUCACAGCGAAGUUACGACAAAUGAGGCAACAGCACGGGAAUUCAUUUCGGUCUUCCUUUCUUUGGUGGUUAAUCACGUAUGCAUACGCAAUGAUCCAUCAACACGAUUAAAGGUAGAAUUUACACUCAAUGGAAGCUGUGGGUACGGUGUUUUAGAUUAUGGUAUCUAUAUACAAAAAAUCCCUGUUUUAGUGACAGUAGCCAAACCACAUGAAAAUGAAAGGGCUGUUGCACAAACUCUAGUACAAAUUCACAGUGUUGUAGAAUCAAUGCUGGGCAAGCGAAAACGAUCUGAAACAGAUCCUGAACAAACGAUGUUUGGUAUCGUGACAACGGGUCGUUCUUGGCGGUUCAUCCGAUGGAUUGGGACAUUAAAAUCCCCAAAAGCAGAGAUAACUAAAGAAUACCCUUGUAUUUUUGAAGGUGAUAUGAAAGAAGCAAAAAAUGUGGCCUCCCACAUCGUGCGAAUUCUUCAAGCACAAGCUAAAUCAUUGACCAAGGAGGAACCAUGUUCAAAACGAUUAUGCGCCGAUAAUAAGUCAGGAUAG